ACGCAUGAUGUAAAGCCUCGCUGAAAGGAAUGGAACUGAAAUGGAUUGAUAUCAAGUUUAUGAUUGGCAAGACGUGACAACAAAGAAAACAUGAAAUGAACCAACUGUGGUACAUGUAGCCAAUAAUACUAUCAUGCAGAUGCAGAGGGAAUUGAGUAGCUUUCCACUAGCUCCUGUCCAUAAAACAAAACUGGUUACUGCCGGAUUUGUCAUUGUUGAGGAUUUGAAAGGCAUGAAGCCAUCUGAACUUAGCAAAGAGACAAGCAUUGGUUUGGAAGAAUCAUUGGAUAUUCUAAAACUGGUGCUGGGAACAGAUGAGAAGGGAGACAACUCAAAUCAUGUGGGCAAAUCAGCACUAGACAUACUAAAGCAAGAACAGUUACUUCCCCACAUUGUGACAUUUUCAGAACAGCUAGACAACAUGCUGGGAGGUGGAGUCCCUCUAUGUAAGAUCACCGAGUUCUGUGGUGCUCCAGGCACAGGCAAAACUCAGAUAUGCAUGCAGCUGGCUGUUGAUGCACAGAUCCCCGAGUGUCUAGGAGGCCUAGAGGCUGAAGUGAUCUAUAUAGACACGGAGGGCAGCUUCAUUGUCGAGCGCCUGGUAGACAUUGUCACAGCAUCAGUGGAGCACUGUAAACAUAUUGCAGGAGGUGAUCAAGAUUCUGAGGGUUUGCGAAGUUUCACUCCAGAGAAUGUGUUGUCACGGAUACAUUACUACCGUUGUCAUGACUACAUAGAAUUACUAGCUACAAUUCAUCUCCUACCUGAUUUUGCCAAGCAACAUCCAAAGGUUCGCCUCGUCAUUGUAGAUAGUGUGGCCUUUCAUUUCCGCCAUGACUUCGAUGAUAUGUCACUGAGGACGCGCCUUUUAACAUCCACUGCUCAAAAUCUCAUCAAGCUGGCAACCACCUACGAACUUGCGGUUGUUCUAACCAACCAGAUGACUACUAAAGUGCGAGUUGGUGAAACAUCACAACUGGUGCCAGCGUUAGGGGAGAGUUGGGGUCAUGCCAGUACCAUCAGGGUCAUUUUGUACUGGGAACAACAGACGAGAUAUGCCUGGCUGUACAAGUCUCCAUCACAAAGAGAGGCUAGAGUUCCAUACCAAGUCACGAUGGGAGGAAUUCGAGAUAUUGUCAAGGAAGAUGAAAGAAAUGAUGAUAAUGAUACAGUAAAUACAGAUGAAAAUCCAAUGAAACGACAAAGAAUAACGUAACACCAACAGGAAAUUUCCUGAUCAGGAUUCCCACACUGUUGUGAGUGGGAGCAAGGUACUAUCCAUGUUUAUAAAAACGAGAUGGAAAAGAGUUUCUUAAAUAAAACAGGUGACAGUAGAAGCUUGAAGAAAUGAUUAUUCCUUAUAGUGCAAAAGAUCUUCUAAACAUAGGGAGACAGGACUGUUUAACAUUACACAAAGGUUAAAGAAAUAUAUUACCCUUAACGCGUAUCACAUAAUGGGUUAUACAUUUUGAAACUUCUCUUGAAAUGUUUGGACAAGACUUUUGUGACCUUGGCUGCACACUAUGAUUUUUCUCAUCACAACAAAUUUCCAUUCAUAGAUAUGUACCUGCCUUGUGUAUCCAUCCAACCUAUAAAUCAUUCAAUGUGAUUUGUUUUUUCACUCGGUAAUACAGUGACAUUAGUUUUAUUGAAGUUGAUUUUAGUGGUCUUUGGAUAAUGUAAAAGGGUCUUGGGUCACAACCUGACCUGACCAAACAAUACCUUUUUGUAAAAGAUAAAUUGUAAAUCCAACAUCAGAUUUAGUUUGAUAAAAUUCUGCAUUUUAUUAAAAGGUGAAAAUGUUGAA